GCUCGAAACAAGUGUCGUGCGCACGCGCAUACCGCAGUCUCUCGCAUGGUCUAAAAACAUGCGGUCGUGUUUGGCGCUCACUUGCGCCAUUUUCAUAACAGGUUAUAGCGUUGCUGCUACAUCCUCCAGUCCUGCAACUACAAUCAUUCGUAAUGUAGGAGACUCUUUAGAUGUGUCAGUUGUAACUCUCAGCGCUGAAAUAGAACAAUGCUAUUUACAAAACCCACAUGGCAAUACGAUUCAAUUCAAACCCAAUGACGAGUCAGAUGAAAGAUACCAGUUACUGGAAGAUUCGGAAAUGGUGAGCCUCUGCCGCGCACGUAUCCUGAAUUUGACACCAAAUGAUAAUGGAAUUUGGACUUUAAAUGCAGUGAGCUUGUCAAAGGAAACCUUGCUUCAAUCCUACAAUGUCACCGUUUAUGUAGUACCAGAAUAUCUACCAGAAAAACAGAUUGAUACUACCAUUGGAGGCGUACACGAGAUCUCGAUUUCCGAACCCGAUUUUGACGUGAGUGAAUCUUGUGAGAUCAUUACUCCAGACGGCGAAAGGCAUUCCUUAAAAGAAGUUACAUUAGCCGGUGUGGAAACACACAGCACUGAUAAAUCCAGCUGUCGUGUAAAAAUGACCGUUCUAUCAAAAGAUUUUGUCGGUAGAUGGACUUUAGUUACACGAGGUCUAACAUUUGAGAAGAGAUUGCCGUUCAUAAUUUCUGUCGAAGAUACUGAUACUUCAACUAGUACUCCGUCAACAACGACUAACCUGGAAGAAGGCGACAAUUUAAAUAUAUCAGUAAUUACAAACGACAAAGAAGUCCAAGAGUGUUAUUUAAAAACCCCGAGUGGUGCUACUAUUCGAUUUAAACCAAACGACGAAUCUUAUGAAAGAUUUAGAUUACUGGAAGAUGUAGAAUCAGAAAGUGGUUGCCGAAUAAAGAUUUUCAAUUUGACUCCAACUGAUAAUGGACUAUGGAUUUUAAAUGCAGUGAAUUCCAAUGGAGAAACCCUAUCACAGUCGCAUGAUGUAAUCGUUAAUCCAGCACCAGUCACUACUACUGCUCCAACAUCGACAACUCCCCUCCCAAUAGUAAUUAGCCGAAUAGAAGGAGAGUCUUUGGACACCGCAGUAUUAACAUACUCUGCUCACAUAACCAAAUGUUACUUACAACCUCCAUCUGGCCCUAAUGUUUAUUUCAAACCUGAAGACGAAUCUGGUGAAAAAUACGAGUUAUUAGAAAAUUCAGAAAAUGUGAGUCAGUGCCGUGUUCGGAUCCUCAAUUUAUCUUUAGAUGAUAUUGGGCUUUGGAUUUUAACUGCAGUUGAUAGUGAAGGGAAAAUUCUGAUUCAAGAAUAUGAUGUAAAUGUGGUACAAGGUAAUAAAGAUCAAAUAGAAUAUCUUCCGUCGCAAGAAAUAUCAGCAUCUCUUGGUAGUGUUCACAGCUUUUUUAUCCAAGAACUUGGCGCUUAUGUCAGUGAAACGUGUUCGAUAGUCAAUCCAGACGGCAAGCAAUUUGACUUGAAUAAAGAUAAAGUUGAUGGUUUAGAAUUACAAACAAGUUCAGAUUUUAAUUGUGGUGUAAAAAUCACCGUCUUGUCAGAAGAUUUUGUUGGCAAUUGGACUUUAAUCGCGAAUGGCUUGAGAUUUGUAACGAAAGUGCAGCGAAGGUUGCCGAUCGUGAUUGCUGUUGAAGAGACAGUGCCAGCAAGCCCCAGUAAAAUAGUUGUUGGGUAUAACAACGACUUCCACGUUGCAUUAGCAAACCCAAUCUCAGAGCCGGAGACGUGCAAACUGUAUGAACCUUACGGCAACGAGCAUUUUGACCAUUAUGAUAUGAAAUCUGAUAGAUGCGCGUUUCUAGUAAAGGGUGUUCGUAGCGCCAAUGGCACGUGGACAAUUGUAUAUGGCACCCGCAUUAUAUAUAAAGCAUAUAUCGAGGUGACCGUUGUAGAACCAAACGAAGGGUUACAAACGUUAAAACUUAGGUGGGCACUAAACAGUAAAGUUCAAGAAGUACUUGGACCAGAAGAUGCUAUUUACUGCAAAGUAACUGAUCCUGAGACGCGAAUUGUUUACGAUGGAUUUGGAAGAUGUCAAAUAAAUAUAGAUAGAGUAUCCCAAGAACAUUUUGGACAGUGGAAUAUGUAUGUAAGUCUAGACGGCCAUGUGCUUCCAGAGGAAUACUCAUUUAGCGUGGUCACUUCAACUGAUACCGUCGAUCCCAGGCCGCAUGUUUUGACUCAUGUGGAAGUAAACAGGCCAACCAUAUACAUGGCUUGUUCUUUACCGGGCUCAGUCAAUGUUACUACAUGUACCUUCCGGGACCCUAAGGGAAGAAUGCUGUUAGCCCAUAAUGGAGUCACCCAAGGGAGAUAUGGCUACCACGGGACAAGGAUUAGCUACGAGACGAGAGCUCUUAAUCACACAUGUGGUCUUCUUAUCACGGAUCCAAUUAACGAGGACGUUGGGUUCUGGCGAUGCGCCAUACAAACGCAAAACGAUAUUCACUAUGGUCAUAUAAAUGUUCCGACUCCUUGGUUCAUGCGAGACCCAGAGGAUGUAGCUCUUCUUGAGAAACAGCCAAGACUAACCGCAGAGCAUUCAACUGUGAGGGCGGUGGUGGGACAAACAGUGACUAUGUCCUGUUCCAUCCCAGCUUCUUUCCAGUACUGUUACUUCAGGGCUAGAAACGGCACCAUAUAUCAUGUGGCACCUUAUCUAGACCGCUACGUGGGCGCCGGGUUCGAAGCCGGCGAGUGCGGGAUUCGAUUCCCAUCGCUCGCAGUUUCUGAUUCUGGCCCUUGGAGCUGUCACGUUGGCUUCGACUGGAAAGAUCCUGACCAAAGCGUCACCUUCGAUGUUCAAGUAAAAGAGGCGUUAACAGUGAAACAGACAGAGCGUGGUAGGUCCAUGAGAGUCAGCGCAACAUUGAAUUACUAUAAUUAUAUUAACUACUGCGUCUUCGUGAGAAUCGAUGGACAAAGUUUUACCACCCAAAAAUGGUCCGCUGGCUACAAUGGGCGGGUGUCUGAUGAUUUAGUAAGCUGUGAGCUCAAUAUAGAUGAAUCUACGGCCAUUGACCGUAACCCAUGGACUGUAAUCGCUAAAAUUAGUAGGGGGCCAAGUGUUCAGGGCACGUCCAUACCAAGAAGAGUGAGUUACAGGUUCCGCUUCCCGACAUUAUGGCUGAUCGUGAUGGUGGCGGGAUUGUGUCUAGCAAUGUUGGGCGCCAUCUUAACUCCAAACAAGAACAGACGCUGGGUUGCCGCGCGGGCUAGUGCCGCUUCUAACUCGUUCAGAAACAGCAUUAGACGCUCGUUCAGAAAAGAUAAGGACCACACUACUGCGGUCGCUGCAUGAACACGAUAAAAUAAUAGAACUUUUUAUUUCAUGUCAUUAAAUUUCGUUGUCGGAAUUUAAUAAGAAAUUACAAAUACUUAAUAAAUAAAUAAAUUGAAAGUGUUUGAUGAACAAAACAAAAACACUAGGAAUUAAGAUCAUCUGAUUUUGGGAAUGCUGAUCAGAAAUUAAUAAUUUUUGCAAUCGUAUUUUUGCGAUAUAUAGAUAGAUUUGCCCUUUGCCAUUUGCCGCCAUUUAAAAAUUUCUAUAACGUUAUCCUUUUUAUUAGUGUAUAUUUUAAAAAACUUUUUUGUAAAAAUACUUACCUCUGAUGACUUAGCUAAACUUAUUUAUAUAGUUUGUAAUAUAUCUUGUAUUUGACCUUUGUUUUUAAAUUAUUUUUAUCAAAAUGACUGUAAGCAAUAUGUACUUAAUAUUUAAUUACCAAAAUACAUGCAUUUAAUA